UAACGAUCUCUUUGCUUUUGCUGUUUGCAGGGAUGGAGGAAGCUAGUUUGUGCCUUGGAGUUUCAUCAGCUGUGCCUGACGUCGAUACCCACCUCAACAACUCUUUGCUGAAUGGCCAGUAUUCAAUGAGUCAGAAGCUACACCAGAUCACGUCCCAGCUCAGCCAUGCCUUCCCAGAGCUGCAGAACCGGCAGAAAUCUGAAGACAAGCCCGUGACGCCCAUUGAUGAGAAAAGUCAUGUGUCAAUGACGAAUCAACCCAUCAACAACCAGAUGGCUUUAUUGGCCAACCAACUCAGUCGAGAAGUUGAUAGCGGUCUUAACGGAAGAGUUGAUUUGCAACAGUUUCUCAAUGGACAGAACCUUGGGAUCAUGUCCCAGAUGAGUGACAUUGAGGACGACGCUAGGAAGAACCGGAAGUACCCGUGUCCACUUUGCGGCAAACGUUUCCGAUUUAAUAGCAUAUUGUCACUUCACAUGCGUACUCACACUGGGGAAAAGCCUUUUAAGUGCCCCUAUUGUGACCACCGGGCAGCCCAGAAGGGUAACUUGAAGAUCCACCUACGCACUCACAAACUUGGAAAUCUUGGCAAAGGCCGAGGGCGAGUCAGAGAAGAAAACCGUCUUUUGCAUGAGCUGGAGGAAAGAGCAAUAUUACGGGACAAACAGAUGAAAAGCAGCCUGCUUCAGCCCCGACUUGACGUGAAACCGCAACAACAGCACUUACAACAACCCCCCUUACCCAACUGUCACGUAUCAUUGCCAGCGAAUCACAGCACUUCUGACAUUUCCAGCAAAGUGCCAUCUCCGAAACCCGCGGUUGUUCAAGAGGAGGCAGUUGCUCCCACCACGGGAUUCAGAUGCACGUUCUGCAAAGGUAAAUUUAAAAAACGUGAGGAACUAGAUAGGCAUAUCCGAAUUUUGCACAAGCCUUACAAGUGCACUCUUUGUGAUUUUGCUGCCUCUCAGGAGGAAGAUUUAAUUAGUCAUGUAGAGAAGGCCCAUAUCACAGCAGAGUCUGUUCAAGGCCAAGGCUCCAGUAGCAACGGAGAGCAGCCAGCCAAUGAAUUCCGCUGCGAAGUUUGCGGUCAGGUCUUUAGCCAAGCUUGGUUCUUGAAGGGCCACAUGAGGAAGCACAAGGAUUCAUUUGAGCAUUGCUGCCAGAUAUGCGGAAGGCGCUUCAAAGAGCCUUGGUUUUUGAAAAACCACAUGAAGGUCCAUCUAAACAAAUUGUCUGUCAAGAACAAAUCCCCCACUGAAGCAGAGGUUCCAGGCUCCAUUAAUAGUAUUUCGCAGGAGACUCACACCAAUCUUUACUCCAGAUAUAUAUCCUGCUUACAAAGUGGCUUCAUGCCUGCCGAUAAAGCAAAUUUGAGUGAACAUGGCCAUGUUUAUAACAAAUCUGAAUUGAAAGAGAAGGAAGUCCUUGGUAAACUGCUGUCACCAAUCACGGGCUUGGCUCAUAACAUGUCUGAAAGUGAUAGGCAUUCUUUGCUUGGCUCCCUCAACUUGGUGCCUCCUCUAAAAUCCAGUUGCAUAGAACGGUUGCAGGCCGCAGCCAAAGCAGCUGAGAUGGAUCCAGUCAACAGCUACCAAGCUUGGCAACUUAUGGCAAGAGGAAUGGCGAUGGAGCACAGCUUCUUGUCUAAAGAACAGCAGAUACAACGUAACCAUGAAGACAGUUUAGCCGGUCCCGGGGUUCUGUUUGAUAAAGAAAAGAGAGAGUAUGUCAUUGUUGGACCGGAUGGCUCCAAGCAAAAAAUGCCAACUGAUUUUGUUCACAGUUCGAAAAUGUGUAAUCAGAGAGAUGUGCCAUCUAAGCUUGACCUCCUUGAAAGUACGAGAGAUUUCCUGUCCCAUGGCAUAAACAAGGGGCUAGAAUACAACCUGCAAGGACAUGGAGCAGUGAAUGAUAAACCAACUGAAUGUCCAGAUUGUGGUAGGGUCUUUAGAACCUACCACCAAGUUGUGGUGCACUCGAGAGUCCACAAACGAGACAGGAAGGCAGAAGAAGAGGCGCUUCACAUGAGCCUGGAGGAGAGGCGAGGGUCAGGGAGCGACCAGGAAUCUCAGUCUAUGAGCCGGUCCACCACACCGGGGUCUUCAAACAUCACGGAAGAGAGUGGAAACGGUGGUGCCCUGUCCCAAGCUGGAAGUGCGCAGGAAGACAGUCCUCAUCCAUCAUCCCCUUCAUCUUCAGAUAUGGGGGACGACACUGGAAGAUGCAUGGGAGCUCAGCAGCAAGCUAUGAUGAGGGAUAGGAACCUUGGCACAGCUAUGAAGGACUGCCCCUACUGUGGAAAAACCUUUAGGACUUCCCACCACCUAAAAGUGCAUUUGAGGAUUCACACAGGUGAGAAGCCUUACAAGUGUCCACAUUGUGACUAUGCUGGCACCCAAUCAGCAUCUCUGAAGUACCACCUGGAGCGCCACCAUCGAGAAAGGCAGAAUGGCUCCGGCCCCAUCGCUAGUCAAGGGCAUACUCCAGGACAGGAGCACAAGGAUGAAACAGUCAGCAAGAGUUCCCUAUUUAUGAGACCUGACAUUUUACGAGGAGCAUUUAAAAGCCUCCCCGGAAUUGAUUUCAGAAGUGGCGCUAUGUCCCAGCAAUGGCAGUCAGGGUUGAUGUCUGGGGAGCGUCAGGGACAGUCGAGUGGCAUUAGUCCUGAGGUUUCUUCAGAAGCUUUGAAAAAAUCAGAGAUCUCUUCUAAAGCAGCAAACAUUGCAGAAUUUGGGAGAGCCUAUCAGAACAUUGUAGGAAAUGGUGUUAACUUCCAGGGCUCUUUGCAGGCCUUCAUGGACAGCUUUGUUUUAAGCUCUUUAAAGAAAGAGAGGGAGAUGAAAGAGAAAGCCUUGCUAGAUUCACUUCCUAUUAAAGUUUCCAGGUCUGACAACGGUGAAGACAAGGUGGAGAACAAAACACCACAGAGGAAAUUGGAAAAGUCUCAGUAUGAACCUCUAGACCUGUCGGUGAGGCCAGAUGCUCAAUCUCUUCCAGGUUCAUCGGUAACAGUCCAAGAUAACAUUGCUUGGCAUGGGUGUUUGUUUUGUUCUUUUACGACAUCAUCCAUGGAGUUGAUGGCCUUGCACCUCCAAGCUAACCAUUUAGGAAAAGCGAAGCGUAAGGACAGUUUGGGUGCCACUAAUAAAAUUGCUGCCUCUUCUUCUUCAGCCCAGUGUGGCAAAGAAAUGAUGUCAAAGUUGAGUCCAUUGCAGAAUUCUGAAAAAACUCCGAACUCUAAAGAGACUUUAUCUGACCAUAAAAGCACUUCAUGGUCCAGUCACAUGGAUCCAAUGUUUAACAAUUUUCCAACUGAAUUCUACAAGCAGUUUGGUGUAUAUCCUCACUCGGUUGGGUCCAAUGCUCAAAACUCUUGCUCUAACAUGGACAUUGACUCUCAGUCUCCCCCGGACGAUGAAGCACACGCCUUGCAGUGUGAUUCAGUUAAUACAGUUGCUACUGAUGACCUCUCUGAUGAAUCCUCAUCCGAGGACAUGGAAACGUGUAAAGAAGAUGAGAAUGAAGAUGAAGAAAUUGACACUGAACCGGAAAACAUGAACACAGUUGACGAACAGAACAAAGAAGACCAUGAAGAAGAAGAUCCUCUACUGAAUUCAGCUGCUCUCAGACCUUCUGAAAACAUGGUUCCUUCAACACCAUCGAUGAUGGAAAAGCAGUGGCAUCCAAAUCUUCCAUUGCCUCACGAAACGCCACAAUCUGACCAAGCAUCCGGUCCAGAUCCUUUGGAGAAGCAGGUUAAUAUGCUCUCCGUUCUUCGAGCUUACAGCUCUGACAGUAUGGCUGCUUUUAACGGACUUGCAAGCAACACAACAAACAGUGGAUGUAUGAAGAGACCAGAUUUAUGUGACAACCAGGACGGCCAUGGGAACGCUGAUUGCUCCUAGUUUUGCUAUUCUGUAUGUUGGACUGAUAUGGGGUUUGUCUCUUUGAUGUACCUCCGUCUCAAGUUGCUCUGCGGCUGAGGUACAUCGAUGACGUUCUUCUGCUGUGACAAAGUCAAAAGGAGUCUUCACUCCUUUUCCUAACACCUCCGAUUAGUAGAAACUUUCAACUUGAUAUUUUAGACAGCUAUGUCAGAGAUAAAUCACUUGUGGCUUAUAAUAAUUGUUAACUAUUAUCGGACUCUGUUCCUUUGAAACUUUAUGAAUAAACUGAACUAGCUGCUAUUCUUGAAUUAAAAAAAAAAUAAAAAAAAUUGUAAAAGAACAUUUUAGACUGUCGUUCCAGCAGGCAGACUUUCUUACGAUAAUUUAUUAGUUUUUUUUUUUUCAGUGAUCAAAGAUUUAAACAGUUAAAAAAAUGAUCAUCUGCCUUUAUUAGAACAUGAAGAAUAUAACAAUAUAGGGCAAUUGUAUAAAUGCUAAAUUAGGGCAUUAUUAAUACAUCAGGACUGAUAUUUUUGGUUCAUUUAUUCCGUUUUGAAUGAAUUCACUUCUUGAGAUUGUAUUGCCUGUCUUGUAGUUACUUGCAAAAUUAUAAAAAAAAUAAAAAAUUUCGAUUUAGCAAAAACUGCACAUUAAAGAUAAUCCAGUAAGGCCUACUAACAAUGUUAUUAGUUGUGAAACAUCUAAAUUUAUUUCACUAAUACUUUAAAAGAAAAAAAAAAAAUUGGUGGUCCUUAUAGACAAUAUACAAUACAUGGUUCCUGUAGUCGUAAUACACUUGGUGUUGUAUACCUUGAUGCUGUAUUUGUAAUCUACUUUACAUCAGAAUUACCAAAAGGAAACUGGAACCAGAGCGUUAUACUAUUUAAUAUUUAACCACAAACCGAAAAAGCAUUUGUGCUCACUGAAGCCUGGUUCUUAAAUAGGACAAUAAUGGAUUCAAUCCAUUGCAGGCUAUACUCACACACAAAAACAAUAGCAAAACGCCUGAUAGUGAGAUUUUUUCAGAUUUGAAAUCUGUACCCUGGCUAAGUUUCCUGGAGGUCUGAAAGGUGAUUUUGAUAUUACAAAGGAUUUAUUUUUCUUUUCUUAUUUUUUUUUCUUUCUUUUUUUUUUCUUCUUUUUCUUUUUUUUUUUUUUUUUUUUAGAUAUAUGUGUUGCUGUUUGUAUAUUAUGACGUAUUUGUAUUUUUAUUGUAUAUUAUGAUGUAAUAUAAGCUUACAUGGUGACGAAACAUAGAAUUAUUUUAGGAGGGUGUGUAUAGUCAGAAGACAAAAUUGAACAAUCAUAUUCGUCUGAGGAGGGGAUUAUAGCAUGAAACACAUUGAGACUGUGAUGGUACCUAUCAGUGAUGUCAUCCUAUGUGACACUCAGCACAGACGAGCAUUUAAUGAGCUGGAAGAAACGGUUGGAGCAAAAAAAAAAGCCUUGAUGUCAAAGACUUCCAGAUAUUUUCUUCAUAACACUGGGAAGCGAACUUUUCAUUCAUCAUCAUCAAGAAUAGACACACUGGGACUGUCUGAAUUCUGCAUGCUGUCUUCUACCUGCCUGUGCCGCUUCCAUCAUGGUGGGAGGGCACCUUUGUACAUUUUUAUGUGUAAGCUACUACCUGUAUGUGUUUUGUUGUAUAAAGUGCUUUGAUAUUCA